GGGGUGUCUGGCUAUGUGGUGGCAGGGCUUGGCACGGGCGAGUCUCCCGCCCUGCGGCAGCAGAUUGUGGAGUCGGUGGUGGCGGCGCUCCCUCCAGCGGCGCCCCGCCUGCUGUCCGGCGUGGGCACGCCCGAGGAGGUGCUGGAGGCGGUAUCCCAGGGUAUCGACCUGCUGGACAUGGGAUACCUGGCAGACGCCACCGGCGGCGGAUACGCACUCAAGAUGAACCUGUGGGCACUGGCGUACCGGACAGACAGGCAGCCCAUGGUGCCCGGCUGCGCCUGCUUCACCUGCGCCAGCCACAGCCGGGCGUACCUGCACCACCUGCUGCAGACGCACGAGAUGACGGCGCAG